AUGGAGGAGCCAAUCAUUUAUGCCAAACUGAAUCAGACGGGGCCAAUAUCUACCCCCCUCACAGCCAUCAGGGACCCCUCAGGGAGAAGAGAAGCCGGUACCAGAGCCCGGAGGGAAGAACCCAGCGAGACCGUCGGUAUCACAUCACUGGGUUCCUGCCCCUGGAAACACAAGUGGCUGAUUAUUGGCCUCUCAGUGACGAGUCUCCUUCUCCUGAUCAGCUCCGUAUCAUUGGGAAUAAUGAUGUAUAAUACUGAGGGGCUCCGACUGGGUUUGGACCUGUGUUCCAGCGAGAGACGUUCCCUAAACCUGAGCCUGUCUCAGAGCCAGAACUCGGAGCGGAACCUGACCCACAGGCUGCAGCACUCGACCCAACUCCUUAACUGCAUGGAACAAGCUAUCAGGGACGCAGAACAGACAGACAAAUGCCCCCCGGGAUGGACUUUAUUCAGUGGAAAAUGCUAUUUCUUUUCUGAUGAGAGGAAAACGCAAGUGGAAAGUGACAGUUUCUGUUACAGGAACAAAGCGCGACUGGCGACUGUGAAACCCAGUGAUACGUCUUUACUGCGGUCAAUACAAAGCCGUAAAUCAGAAUAUUGGAUUGGACUGACUGUGAGCUAUUACCCAAGCUCAGGCUGGUACUGGCCCGAUGGCACAAUAGAGGGGCGUCUUUGGGCAUCUCCAAAACCCGGAUCCUGUGCUACACUGGGGGCAACAUUGGGGGUCACUGCCUGUGAUGUGCAGCUUCCCUGGGUCUGUGAAAAGGCAAAUGAUAAAUUGGAUCUGAUUGACAGAAUGAAUAAGUGUAAUAAAGAGAUUCCCCAAUAAAUUAUAUGUUAUGUUCCCAAUCACUUAACUGUGUCUCACACUGGAGCAAAAGGAAAACUUAGUAACAAGGGUGGGGAGGCACACAAUAAAUGCACAGGGAAACAUAGGAGAAUAGUAAUUUAGACUAAAAAAUACAUCAUUCAAAUUCAACAUUGUUUUCUAAGUAAAAAAAAAAUGAAACCUGCAUAACU